UUGUCACACAAUUUUAGAAUAAAGAUACUGUUACACUCAACACACAAAAAUGGCAAACUUAAGUACACUUGUUGGUUUUCUUGUCAUCAUCUUCUUCAAUGUGUUUGCACCUGCCUCUUCUGCUAGUCACCCCGUCGAAUGGUCGCUCGGGAAAGACUAUAGCUCGUUGGCUACCGGAAAGUCCUUCGCUGUUGGCGAUACCAUCGUGUUCAACUACGGUGCGGGUCACACGGUGGACGAAGUGAGCGAAAGUGACUACAAGAGUUGCACAUUGGGGAACGCAAUUUCUUCGGACAGUAGUGGAACUACAAGUAUAGCUCUCAAGACAUCUGGUCCUCACUACUUCAUCUGCGGUAUCCCCGGCCACUGCACCGGUGGCAUGAAGCUCUCUGUCACCGUUCCAGCAGCUUCAUCAGACGGCAAUACUGGAGACGGUACCGCUGACAAAAAUACACCCGUACAAGACGGAAAAACUACACCCUCAGAAGGUAAAAAGGCUAGUCCUUCUGCUUCGGGCACGGCCGUGUUGAAGCCGUUGGAUGCUUUGGUUGUGACUUGUGUAGUUGCAUUGUUGUAUGCUUUGGCUCUCUCUUAAUUAGUUGGUUUCUUGUGUUUUGCUGUGGUUUGACUCUUUUGAAGGACCAGGCUAGAGGCAGUGCUAUUAUAUGCAUCUUAUAAUUAAUUAUCUCUCAUGAU